AGCACAGAUCUCAGGUUAUAAAUAUAUCCCAUAUUGAGCUACAUAUCAUCAACCUUUCAUUGGUAUAAGUUCCAUAGCUAUAACUUCCAAUGGCUUCAACAGAAGGGCUUCAAGCAUAUGAAGAAGAGAAGCUCCUUCUGUCCCUUCCCAAAGAGAAGGGUUGGGCAGCACGCCAUCUCUAUCUCUUUCAAGAUUUUUGGUGUCCAUCAAAUUUUAUCGAAGGUGUAAACAAUUUUCAAAAGCACUUUCAGGCAAAAGACAGUGAUGUUAUUGUUGCCAGCUUUCCAAAAUCAGGUACUACUUGGUUGAAAGCCCUUACUUUUUCUAUUGUCAACAGAAAACGUUUCUCAUCUUUUGAUAAUCAUCCAUUACUCACUUCCAAUUCACAUGAACUUGUUCCUUUCCUUGACUUCAUCUUUCAUGGUGAUAACAUCCAACACAAGCUUUCUUACCUCUCCAAUAUGACUGAACCAAGAGUUUUUGGUACUCACAUUCCAUUCCCCUCCCUUUCCAAGUCAAUUAAAGAGUCCAACUGUAAGAUAAUUUAUAUAUGCAGAAAUCCAUUUGACACUUUUGUUUCAUUUUGGAUCUUCGCCAAUAAAAGUAAUCCAGACUCUCUGCAUAAACUGACAAUGGAAGAAGCCCUAGAAAACUACUGCAAGGGAAUAAUAGGGUUUGGUCCGACUUGGGAACAUAUGUUAGGUUACUGGAAAGAGAGCAUAGCAACACCAAACAAGGUUCUGUUCUUGAAAUAUGAAGAACUCAAAGAAGAUAUAAAUUUUUACGUGAAAAGAGUUGCAGAAUUCUUGGACUGUCCUUUCACAGAAGAAGAGGAAAGUAACGGAGUGAUUGAAAGCAUAAGCAACUUAUGCAGUUUCGAGAAAAUGAAGAAUCUAGAAGUGAAUAAAUCUGGAACAUUUGACAGGAACUUCGAGAAAAAAUACUUAUUUCGGAAGGGUGAAAUAGGAGAUUGGGUAAACUACUUUUCCCCAGCUAUGAGAGACAAAUUAUCCCAAACCAUGGAAGAAAAAUUAGGUGGAUCUGGUCUUUCCUUUAAAACGUAUUCUUAAUAUAUAUAUAUAUAUAUAUAUAUAUAUAUAUAUAUAUAUAUAUAUAUAUAUAUAUAUAUAUAUAUAUAUAUAUAUAUAUAUAUAUAAUGUGAUCUGAUUGUGACUUCUGAUUGUAUUGUGUGAAGAGGCAUCCAUGUGUUCCAGAGACAAGUGGUGCCUUUUUAUUAUUUAGGUUUAGCCUGUGUUAAAUUUAAGUUUCUUGUUUGUGUCCAUGUACUUUGUCUUCAAUAUUUUGGGAAAUUCUAAAGUAAUUCCAGAUUCCUAUUA